AUGAUUUCUUUAUCCGAGUGCAACGCCUGGUUUGCUGUAUUCCUUAUCGAGUCAGUUGCUAUAGUAACAAUGAACCUCCUAUCAAUCAUCCUUUUUAUGAAGAACAGUAAUCUUCGCACUCGUGGCAUGUACUUGGUUAUAAACCUAACAGUAGCUGAUAUGCUUGUUGGAGGAUUUUCAAUGAUUGGUCUACUCCUGUUCUUACGCACCGGAUGCGACGGUGAGACAAACACAAAAUCAACCUCUGGAGUGUACAUUACGUCAGUUUUUGUUUUCUAUUGGUUUCCAAUGACUUCCCUCACGAACAUUGCAGUAAUUUCUUUAGACAGGUUACAUGCGACAUUUCUUCCAUUCAAAUAUCGAGUUAUCCAAACAUGGGUCUACUGGGUAACAGCUGUUUGUGUCUGGGUUUCAGCUGCGAUGGUAUCAACUCUUAUUGUGACAUGGCAAGUUAACCUCCUUGGGAAAGAAUGGACCCAUUUUUUGUUUUUAUGGCAGUCAUACUGUUGUUUGUGUCUAUUUGUUAUCUGUGUUUCAUACGCUUCCAUUGUCAUUAAAUUUCUUUGUGGGACGCAUCCUCAGCAACACGGUGCAGCUAACAGACAAAAAAAACUGACUGUGACACUUUUCAUAAUGACUAUUGUAUCGUUAUUGAUAUGGCUACCAUUUGCUAUAGGAUCUUUCGUCUAUCUUACAUCUAAUAGUAUUUGCUCCCUUUAUUACCUAAAACACUUAAAUGCACUGUAUGCUUUACUGGUGUUAUCUUAUGCAAAGUCGCUCGUUAAUCCCUUCAUUUACACAAUCAGAAUGCCAGAGUUCAGAAAAGCUCUUCUGAUGUUAUUUAAACGUCAGCAAAAACAAGAUGCUGCUAUGAUUCGUCUUCAAGCCCGUUAG